AUCUGGCUCCCAAUGGCCAAAGCUGCAUCUGUGGUAAAAGCAAAGUGCCUCAUUUGAUUUCUGUGUCAGCCAGUGAAGAGAAUGUUAAAGCCCUGAUGUUCCUCAAAGGAAGCAACUGAAGAUGCUGCAGGGUGGAGAGCUGGGAAUCCUGGACUGUUCUUGGCUCUGCCUUUCAGGCACAGCAUGACCUUGAGCGAGGCUCCCUGUGCUUGCAAAUAGCAUCAGCUGUGGGAGUAAGAAGCUCACCCAGCAUCCCAGUUCCCUCUGACUUCUUGGGGAUGCAGCUGCUCUGCAGCACAGGCAGCAGCCUGAUUUGACUUCAAGCUCUGGUGGCUCUGAUCCCACGCUGGGAGGACACGUGGGGGCUGGGCACAGACCUGCUUUUUGCAAGUACUGGGGCUCGCCCAAGCUUGCUUUCUGUUGCACUUAAAGCCUACAAAACCUGGCUUUGCUGCUUUUCUUUCUGUAUGAGAGUUGAGCAUUAAUGAAACUGCUAUUAAAUGCCCUGAGGAUGUAAGCUAGAGACUUUCAUUUUAAGUGCAAAGCAUCUUGCAGCUGGAGGAUUUUGUUUUCUCAAUAUAGCUGUGAACGUACUUCUUGCCCAGGAAUUUGCCUGGUUCUUUUGGUCUGGCUUUAGCCUCUGUCAUGCACCCUGCUGAGUAGCUUUGAGGUUUGAGGGGCAGCGGAAGGGGAGGUAAUGGAGGAAGUUGCACAUCUCUGAAGCUUCCUUGAGAGAAGAGUGUGCUUUCCCUCACAGAGAGAAAAGUCGCUCCCUUCAGAGCUGGGUGGUUGCCAGUAUAUGAUCAGAGCCAUGGCUGUGCCUCAGGGGCUGCUGCUGGCCCUGUUGGGCUGCACCAUGGCACUGGACCCUGUAUUGGAGGAGGCCUGGGAAGGAUGGAAGAGCCUUUAUGCUAAGGAGUACCCUGGGGAGGCUGAGAUCAUCCGCAGGGAGGUCUGGGAGAAGAACCUGCGGCGCAUUGAGCAGCACAACUGGGAGGAGUCGCAGGGGCAGCAUACGUUCCGCUUGAGCAUGAACCAUUAUGGGGACCUGAUGGAUGAGGAGUUCAACCAGCUGCUGAAUGGCUUCACCCCAGUGCAGCAUGAGGAACCAGCGCUGACCUUCCAGGCACUGGCAGCUCAGAAGACCCCAGCAGAAGUAGACUGGAGGGUGAAAGGCUAUGUGACACCCGUGAAGAACCAGGGGCACUGUGGGUCAUGCUGGGCAUUCAGUGCCACAGGGGCCUUGGAGGGACUUGUCUUCAAUCGGACGGGAAAGCUGGCAGUGCUGAGUGAGCAGAACCUCAUUGACUGCUCCUGGAAGCUGGGCAACAACGGUUGCCAAGGCGGCUACAUGACCCGUGCCUUCCAGUACGUGCAUGACAAUGGUGGCAUGAACUCAGAGCGUGUCUACCCCUACCAGGCCAAAGACACCUCCAGCUGCCGAUACAACCCUGGGGACAGGGCAGCCAACUGCUCCACAGUCUGGCUGGUGGCCCCGGGCAGUGAGGCAGCACUGGAGCAGGCAGUGGCAGCUGUGGGCCCUGUGUCUGUGGCAGUGGAUGCCAGCAGUUUCUUCUUCCACUUCUACAAAUCAGGCAUCUUCAGUAGUAUGUUUUGCAGCCAGAAGGUGAACCAUGGGAUGUUGGCUGUGGGCUAUGGCACCAGCCAGGAGGGCGGGAAGAACACGAGCUACUGGAUCUUAAAGAAUAGCUGGUCAGAGGUGUGGGGUGAGCAGGGCUACAUCCGCCUGCUGAAGGGGGCCAACAACCACUGCGGGGUGGCCAGCCAGGCCAGCUUCCCUCUGCUGUGAGCUCCUGCACUGGGAGGAAAACUCACUGGGAUUGCUCCCCUGCUUUGCUGUGAGGACAGGGAUGCUUCCUUCUGGAAGGGGCUUUUGUCUGCGUGUGGUGAGAAACAAUAAAAGAUGGUAUAGCUAAUUACUCUGUGCCUGCAAAGGGCGGCUGAUGUAGCAGGUUCUUUUCUUUCCUUGCCGGGCAAAGGUCCCUCUGCACAGCGGUUGGUGAGAGGAGCUUUCUUUGUCCCUUCCAUAAAAUUACAGAACUGUUUGUGUUGAAGGGGACCUCUGGCGGCCAUCUUGUCCUGCUUUCUGCAAUGAACACGGAUCCCUACAGCCCGAUCAGCUCUAACCAGAGCAUUAUCCCUCCUAGGCCAGCUCUUUACAAAGCAGGUCCUUACCAAAGCAAACCAGCAGGACAAGGCAAAAACAAACAAACAAACAACAAACAACCCUGAGCUUCCUUCACCGCCUGCUGCUUAUUUCUGCGUCCAUCAGAUGCUGUGGGGAUUCGUUCCCUAUGAGGGCAAACACAAGGCCAUACUAAGGGGGAACACAGCCCUGAAAUGGCCACCUUAGGGCCAGGACGCUGCCCCAGGAGCACUGUCCGGUCAGACGCUGUCCCUUCGUUCCACGUCCCAACGGCUCCUGGUCCGUUUGUCCCGGCGGGGAACAGGCCCCGCAGUCCCUGCCCAGGUUCCCUGCCCGCACUCAAGAUGGCCGUCCUGGCGCCGUCCUGGCGCCCGCUGACCGCUCGCCGCUCGCGUUGAUCCCUCCCGCUCGCC